AUGCCGUCUGACGCAAAGAAACGAGCACAACAGAAGAAAAAGGAGCAGGCAAGCAGCAGAAAUAAGAAGUCCGUUGCGAGAGUUACAAACGACGAGAACGGUACGACGGCUAACGGCAAUGACGCGAAGGAUCGCGAGAUUACCGCAGAAGAGGCAUUAUGCCUUAAAUUGGAAGCCGAAGCCAAGAUGAACUCGGAGGCGAGAUCUUGCACCGGCUCUUUGGCGGUCCAUCCUCGGUCAAGGGACGUCAAGAUUGCUAAUUUCUCGAUCACAUUCUAUGGAAGUGAGCUCCUGCAGGAUACCCUGCUGGAACUCAAUUGCGGCCGAAGAUAUGGUCUCGUCGGGCUUAAUGGAUGUGGCAAGUCGUCACUGCUGGCAGCGUUGGGUCGUCGUGAAGUGCCGAUCCCGGCGCACAUUGACAUCUUCCACUUGACGCGCGAGAUGCCUGCCUCCGACAAGACAGCCUUGGAGUGCGUCAUGGAGGUAGACGAGGAGCGUAUCCAGCUGGAGAAGCUCGCGGAGGAACUCGCUCAGUCUGAAGAUGACGAGGCUCAAGAGCAGCUGAUGGACGUCUACGAUCGGCUGGACGACUUGAGCGCCGACACGGCAGAGGCACGCGCCGCCAAUAUCCUCCACGGUCUCGGCUUUACGCGUGAUAUGCAACAGAAGGCCACAAAGGACUUUUCAGGAGGUUGGCGCAUGCGUAUAGCGUUGGCUCGUGCGCUGUACGUGAAACCACAUCUGCUGCUCCUCGACGAACCGACCAACCAUCUUGACCUGGACGCCUGUGUGUGGCUCGAAGAGGAACUCAAACACUACAAACGCAUCCUCGUGCUGAUAUCGCACUCGCAGGACUUCCUGAACGGCGUGUGCACAACAUCGUCCACAUGA